AUGUCAUCAAAGGACAAAGCCGACUAUCCAUGGGAAAUAAGCAGAGAAGUAGAAAGGCUUCAGAAACAACACGCCUGGGUUCAGAGAUGUCUUAACAAUAAGAUUGUCUUUGCACCGAUACCGCUGAACAAGGAAGAACUCAAAGUUCUCGAUGUCGGAUGUGCUGAUGGAAUUCUCCUUCGAGACUUGAAGAAGCAGGUCUCUCCAUCAGCCCAGCUCGUUGGCGCAGAUCUUGUUGAAGCCUUUCUACCCGCUUCCGAAGAGGGCAUCCAAUUCGAAGUCUAUGACCUUUGUGAACCGCCUAGAGACGAACUUGUCGGAUCAUUUGACUUGACGCAUGUGAGGUACAGCAUCCUCGGAGCUGCCAAAGUGGGCUAUCGGAAAGCCAUUGAUCAUCUAGUCUCGACUGUUGCACCCAGAGGUUGGCUACAAGUUCACGAGCUUGACUUUGAUCUGACAGACCGACCUAACGUAGGUCCAGCGUGGAGAGAUGUAAACAACCUCAUCGCGGCUAUGUUCGAUGGUAUGGGUAUGGGAUCCGACUGCAUUCGGAAACUGCCGGGCGCAUUCGAGGCAGCAGGACUCGUGAAUGUGACUGUCCAUUCAGUGGAUCUACCCAUGGGGAAGCUAUUGGGUGAUGGUGAAGCUGCCGAGAUAUCGUGGCAGCCUUUCGUGAUUACCAUCCCAAGUCUCAUCGAGGGCGCGAAGGCCCUCGGUGUCAAGCUAUUCGAAUCUACGCAUGAGAAUUUGGCCGAGAGGUUUGAGAAGGAAGUCAAGGAAGAAGGUGCUAUGUUUCGCGCGUUGCAUACGUUGCCCAAGGAUGGGAUCCCGUGCUGUCAGCCAUCCAGUUACCCCAGCUCCGCAAUUAGUGUCAAUUACAAAGGCUUUGUCAUGGUUAUUAACUCAGAGCGGAGUCUCCACCAUACAAAACAAAGGUUGACAGUCACCCCGACGAUCGUGAUGCCAAGAUGUCACCAAAAGCCAAGUAACUCAAUCCAACAUGUUGAAGCUCUAUUGAGCAAGUUGACGCUGGAUGAGAAGGUGGAGCUCCUGGCGGGCCAGGGAUCAUUUCGGAUGACCGGUCUUGAGAAGCAUGGUAUUCCAGGUCUGAUUACUUCGGAUGGCCCUCAUGGAAUUCGAGGGCGACGGUCGUUCACUCACAUGCCGAGUCCAAUGCUACCGUCGGCAACCGGAAUGGGCGCCACAUUCAACACUGAGCUCAUCCAUAGGAUCGGAAGCCUUCUUGGCGAAGAAGCGAAGGUCCGCGGUGUUCAUGUCUUGCUAGCACCGACACUUUGCUUGCAGCGCUCACCCUUGAUCGGACGUGGUUUCGAGGCCUUCGGUGAAGACCCUUUUCUCAGCGGAACUUUGGGCGCACACUACAUCAAUGGCGUUCAAGAGCAGGGCGUCGCAACAAGCGUCAAGCACUAUGCAGCUCACGACCAGUCUGACAACAGUAUCGAGGACAACGCGGUUAUGACCGAGCGCACUCUCCGAGAGGUUCAUAUGCUCCCCUUCCAGCUCGCCCUCCGAGGAUCAGAACCAUGGACUAUAAUGACAUCUUAUAAUAAGAUCAACGGAAUUCAUGUGAGUGAGGAUCCUUUGCUGAUGAAGGAGAUCCUGCGUGAAGAGUGGGGAUUCAAGGGACUUGUCAUGAGUGACUGGUUCGGCACUUACAGCACAUCAGAAGCUAUCAACGCUGGCUUGGAUCUCGAAAUGCCUGGGCCAACAGACUGGAGAGGAAAGCGCCUCAGCAUAGCAGUCAACUCUCGAAAGGUAUCCAAAGCAACAGUCGAUACAGCUGUUGAGAACGUCUUGAACCUCGUCAAUAAGUGCAAGGCAGGCGAGAAAUCAGGGAAGCCCCCUCAAUCGGAUACACCAGAACAACGAGCUCUGAUUAGACAGCUGGUUGCGGAAUCAGUUGUCCUACUGAAGAACGACAAGCAGAAACUACCGAUCAACAACCCGGAGAAGUUGAAGUUCGGACUGAUUGGAGAUCACGUUAAGAACCCGGCUCUCUGUGGUGGCGGAAGUGCUGAGGUUGAGCCUUAUUAUGGCAUUACUCCGUAUGAAGCCAUCAAGGAAGUGGUAGGAGAGGAGAACAUCACAUAUACCCCAGGCUGCAACUCCUUCCGAUUCAGCCCUCUCAUCAAGGGCCAUACACCACCAGACUCUGAUUCCGAGGGCUGGUUUGUCGAGAUCUUUGGCGAGGACCCGCAAGAGAACCCCGAUGCCAAAGUCGUUGUUUCAACUACAGCCGAGAAGCAAUUGGUAGAUGUUCCAGAAAGCUACCACGCAACCAUCCCAACCAAGUAUUACGUCAGAGCGAAGGCCAAGUAUAUAAUCCACGAAUCGGGAAAGCUCAAGUUCGGUUUCAGCACUUCUGGGAAGGGCAAAUUGAUCAUCGACGGUAAGGAGGCAAUCGACCUUUGGACGAGCCAGCCUCCAAAGACCGACUCAACCCCAUGCUUCAACCGUCUCUCUAUGGAAAAGUACUAUGAGGGCGAGUUCGAGAAGGGUCAUGUUCUUGAUCUCGAAGUCCUCCAAGUCAACGAGAACCUAUCUGGUGGUGUUGGUACUGCACAAACUCUGACUGGACGAGUUGGUGUUUACGAGCUGUAUGAUGAGGAUCAGGGGAUCAAGGAUGCAGUGGAACUCGCCAAGAAGGUUGAUGUUCCCAUCGUUAUUACUGGCUUAUCAUCAGACUUUGAGUAUGAGGGCAGCGAUAGGAAGCACCUGAGACUUCCCGGUCGCGUGGAUGAAUUGAUUGCGGCUGUGUUGGAGGCCAAUCCUGAUGCUAUUAUCGUUACGCAAUCAGGACUACCCAUUGAGAUGCCUUGGGAGUCUCAAGCAGCAACACUUCUUCACGCCUGGUUCGGCGGCCAGGAAACAGGUCAUGGCAUGGCUGAUGUCCUGUUUGGCAAGGUCAAUCCCUCUGGAAGACUUUCCCUGACAUUCCCCAAAUCUAUCAAGCAUACGCCAGCGUACCUCACCUUUUCUAAGGCGGACUAUGACAUUGUAUAUGGCGAAGGUGUAUUUAUAGGUCAUCGAUACUAUGAGAUGGUUGAUCGAGAGCCUCUCUUCUACUUCGGUCAUGGUCUUUCAUACUCGAAGUUCGAGUACUUGAACCUCACCGUCCCCGGGGAGUUCACACCCGCGGCUGAUCACCAGAUGCGCGUCAAGGUUGAUAUCACCAACAAGGGCGCUUUCGCGGGUGCCGAAGUUGUUCAGCUGUACAUCCACCACGCGAACAGCUCUCUUCAGCGACCAAUCCGAGAGUUGAAGGCAUUCACCAAGGUCAAUCUGGGCGUUGAUGAGACUAAGACAGUCGAACUUACUCUUGAUAAGUAUUCAUUGUCAUUCUGGUGUCAGGAAGCAUCGAAGUGGAAGGCGGAAGCUGGGCAGUACACACUGAUACUUGCUUCAAGCUCGAAUCCCAAGGAUGAGAUUGCACGCGCGGACUUUGCUCUACCCAAGACUUUCUUCUGGAAGGGUCUUUAG